GGUUCUUGCUCUCAUGCUCUUACACACAAUAUUCUAAAUAUCUGAACAGCAUCUCGAGUCGUCUCCAAACAACUUUUCGAUUAAUCAAGAUUCCUAUACAAUUCAGGCUUACAUUUUCGUAUUACAUUUCUUGAUUGAUACUUUCAGAUACCAUAGUUUUCUCUCGAUAACCUCUUUUUAAGAAGCUAUUACUGACUUGUCAAUAUCUCUCCAAAUAUAACACCGAACAAAACUUCCCUUCCUCCUUAUUCGCCUCCAAACAUUCGAUCUUCAAAAAACAUGCCUUCUCUAUCAUCCAGAAUGAGUCACAGUUCCGAUUCAACCGCACUCAGUGGCACUUCUUCACCCACUCCUUCGAUGGAUAUGGAUACUCAAUUAGCUCCCCUUUCAGCAACUAGAAAGCGCUCGCGCAAUUUGAACGAGGAUUCAGAUGAAGAAGAACCACAAGCUCGAAGAGCGAGAGCCGGUGAUUCUAACUCAAACGAAAAUGUUGAUUCGGAAAUGGCUAUCGAUACACCAGCGCAAAAUUUAAUGGCGACUCCUCGCAGCAGACAAUCUGGAAUCUUCAAUGGUCGUAAUACCAUUUCCAGACAAGAGCAAGAGCAAAUUCCAAGCACUUUCGCCAAAAUUGGCGGCCCCGCUCAGGCUCAAACCGAAUCGACUCUAGUUAGUCCUCUAUCAAGAGCUGACCAGACAAUUCAACCAAGCACCACUCAUCAAGCUCAUGGGUCUACUUCACAGCAACGCUCGUAUGAAGAGAACUUUGACUACGAUGCUGAUAUCAGUGGCGAUGAACGCCCCUCGAAUAUUAGACGCAGAGGUACACGUCAAGAUUCUACCCGCACACCAGCAGUCCACAAUGAAACCCGGGCCCCAGAUACUGCUUCACCACCUGCUUCAAAUGAAGCUUCCGUCGUCGAAAAUCGGGGCUCGAGGGCUGAUUUAUUACCAGUUUCAAACCUGCUUUUAGGAAUUGAAGGGCCAUCUAGUCAAAUUGCUUCGACACGUGGAGGUACAAUAUAUAUUGACCUCACGUUAGAAGAUUCCAGCGACGAAGAACAUGGCCAUAAUUUAUCGCCAGCUUCAAGUGUGCUUCCAGUAGCCGAAGCACCAUCAAUUCAAGAUAUUCAGCCAAAUGGAGACGCAACAUUUUUUGACCUCACGCUUGAGGAUUCUAGCGAUGAGGAAGAAGGUGCAGCUACCAUGUCCCAGGCCUACAUUGGCGACAGAAUUGUAUUGGUUGAAGAAGAACGCCUGGAACCUUUUCUACCGGAGCCUACCGCCAAAUUCCAAAGAUUGCUUGAACUUGCUCGAACUCAGAAGCUACAUUGUCUUGACAAGUGGGGUGCUAUAGAGUUAGAAGAUGACGUUGAGUUCCACAGGGAGCUCGCUGUUCUCGGCACCAGCGGUAAUGUGUACAUGGUCUGCAUAAAAAAGAAGCCAGAUUGCAAUUGCCCUGAUGGCAGAAAGGACAUGCUCUGCGUCCAUCUUGUUUUCAUUCUCACGCAAUUCCUGAAUUUGUCGGCGCCACUUCGUCAUCAAUCUACUUUCUUGGAGGCCGAGCUCAAAUGCAUGAUGGGAGACGAGCGCUGUUGGAUGGGUCCAUUAUCAAGCGAUAAAUUCUGCAUACAAAAGUCAGUCGACGAACAGGAAGCUUGUCCCAUCUGCCUUGAAAAUCUCGAAGGCGACGCACCCCUCACGUGGUGCAGAGGCCAGUGUGGGGUGAAUGUCCAUCUGCAGUGCGUUUGGAGCUGGGCCCAGGCAAACUAUGAAGACGAACAGCCCGACAUUACAUGUGUGAAUUGCCGCGCACCGUGGAUCUGGGUUGGCCGACAGCUAGUGUCCUACAUUGAGGGAAUGUGGAAUGCGCAAUUUGGGAUCGCCUACAACGAGGCGGGGUAUCGCACCUUGAGUGAUCUCCUAAGGAGAAACCUGAGCAUUGACGGGUAUUUCAAUGUAGCCAACCUCUUGGGAAUCGAUAAGACUGUGAAGGACGAUGCAGAAGUCCGGCAAAGUCAACGUUUGCAACGAGACUUUGACAGAUGGAGGUCUGAGAUGGCGAGACGGCCUAAUCUACUGAGAGAGGAAGUAGACGCUUUCAUAGAACGCUAUUUCCCUCAGGUGGCUGAAAACUUUCGCAAUAACCCGAAUGAUGGCAGUCCUGAAGCCACCAACGUCGUGGAAACAAUGAGAGAUGUAAGGAUUAAUGUCAGGAGGUCCUUGCAAUAUGGUUAUCAGUCAUUGGGUCUCGAUUCUCCAAGACCUUACAACUACUAUGAAACAACCAUCUUGGUCAGUUGAGAAACAGGCAACCCCAAGGUGCUGUCUCAGGAUGGGUGUUCAUAUGACGGACUCCUAAAGCUACUCGAAACACCAUCUAUAUCGAAAAACUCUAACACAUACUCAACGAAGAUGGCACACAAAAACACUGGUUUCUCUAUACAAACCGAAAAUACAUCGAUGGAACUCCAAUCAACUUCAAUCAUCGCGGCAUAUCGAAUCACAAUUUGCAAUCAUUUCACCCGCAGGGCUGAUUUCCUCUGGUACA